AUGGACACUUCCAAACGAGGCUACGCGCUUUUAAAAGCGGCAAAAGUCGUUCAAGUUCAAGAUAAGGAUAAACCUUCUACUUCUAUUAAUUACAAAUUGGAAAAAGAAGGAAAUGCCAUCCCAGAUAUUGUUUUAAAAAGUUGUACCAUCAAGGAAGAUGUUUCACCAAAGGAACUAGAAGGAUAUCCAUCAAAAAAUGAUAGUGGUGAUAGCUGGAAAAACUAUGCAGCGGCAAAUCAAUCACAAGUGAUUCAAAGUAAAGGUAAAACUAAAAAAAAUAGUAUCAUGAAGGAGUAUAUUGCUUCAUCAAAUCAACUACAAGAAGAUCCCUCAAAAAGCGAUAGUGAUGAUAGCUAUGAAAACUAUGCAGCUGCAAAUCAAUCACAAGAUGUGAUUCAAAGUAAAGGCAAAACCAAAAAAAGUUGUUCCAUCAAGGAGGAUAAUGUUUCAUCAAAUCAACUACAAGGAGAUCCCUCAAAAAGCGAUAGUGAUGAUAGCUGUGAAAAUUAUGCAGUGGCAAAUCAAUCACAAGAUGUAAUUCAAAGUAAAGGCAAAACUAAAAAAAGUUGUUCCAUCAAGGAGGAUAAUGCUUCAUCAAACCAACUACAAGGAGAUCCCUCAAAAAGCGAUAGUGAUGAUAGCUGUGAAAAUUAUGCAGCGCCAAUUCAAUCACAAGUUGUGAUUCAAAGUAAAGGCAAAACUAAAAAACUGAAAAAUUUUUGUUACUACUGCGAAACUGAUGUUACCAAUUUUGCACGACACGUAACUGUGCAUCAUUCAGCUGAACUAGGUGUCAUUCAACUAAAUUCUAAACCGGUGAACAGUUUAGAAAGAAAGCGUUUACUGGCGAAAUUAAGAAACAAAGGAAACUAUCUCAAACAUGAAGAUGAUGGGCCAAGAAAAGUAAGAAGAUCCACGGUUCUGGGCAGAUCUUCGUUACCAUGUGAUAAUUGCUUAGGGUAUUUCUCUUCGAAGUUAUUGUACCGACAUAGAAAAAAAUGCUCAGGAAAAUCAGGGCCAGCGCAAAGUAUUGGUCAAAAUGUAUUGGCAAGUCACAUCAAAGUUGAUGAAAGAUUGAAACGAGAAAUUUUUCCACGUAUGCGCGCAGACAAGAUAUCUCUAGAAGCAAAGACAGAUGCUUUAAUUUGCGCUUUUGGCUCUCGCUUUUUGCGAGUACAUAGAGAACAUCAUUUUGCCACAGUGACGUCACGGAAAAUGAGGGAGUUAGCCAGGAUACUUAUUGAACUUAAAAAAAUAAAUCCUGAAAUAAAAUCAUUGUUUGAUGCAUUACAGCCUAAAUAUUUUGAUAAUAUUGUUCAGGCAACACAAAUUGCCUCAGGAUAUAAAUCUUCAAAUGACAGCUUUGAUGCUCCUUCCUAUGCUAUGAAUAUAGUAAAUUCUUUUAAACAAUGCUGUGACAUUGCCAUUAACUUUGUUAUUAAGAAAAAAGCAAACUACGAAUCCAUUACAGCCGCAGAAGCGGAAGCGCAGCUUAGAACAAUGCUCCACUUAUUCACUACGAAUUGGAGAUAUGAGAUAUCCAGUCAAGCAGCCAACAAUUUAAAUCUAAAGAGGUGGAACAAGAUUACAAUUGUCCCUUUAGCAAAUGAUCUCAAAAUCAUGAAAGAUUUUUUGAUAGACUUGUCUAAAAAAGCAGCGGCUGAACUUCAAGUUAAUACCAACAAAGUAUCCGCAUACAAUACCCUACUCGAAACAUCAUAUUGCCAAGUUCUUCUACUGAACCGAAGGCGCCCAGGAGAACUUCAAAGAAUGAAGUUGGAUACAUAUUUAAGUUGUACUAAUGAUAAAAGUACGUAUGAAGAAUUUUCGCUCAUUACCAGCCCAUCUGAACAAAUUUUACUCAAAACUUUCAAGAGAGUUGUGAUACGAGGAAAAAGACAUAGGGGUGUACCUGUGUUAUUCAGUAAAGAUGUACAAUCUAAUAUUAAUUUAUUGAUAAGAGCCAGACCAAAUAUCGUUCCUGAAGAAAAUAUUUUUUUGUUUGGAAAACCAAAUUCUAGGAAUGAGAUAAGUGGAUAUAAAAUCUUAAGAAAAUAUGCCCGAUUAUCAGGAGCCAAAAAUCCUGACGCUAUUUCAUCAACCAGACUAAGGAAACACUUGGCUACAAUAAGUCAAUCAUUUAAUAUGACGGAAGCCGAUAUUGAACAACUUGCAUUAUUCAUGGGUCAUACAGUAGGUGUCCACAGAGGAUCCUAUAGGUUACCAGAUGAUGUUUACCAAACUGCCAAGUUAGCAAAACUUUUAUUGGUUAUGGAAACUGGAAGUGGUGAGUCAUUUAAAGGCAAAAGCCUUGACGAUAUUCAACUAAAUAUGGAUGAAAAUAUAAUGACUGAAACAAACGAACCAGAAGACAAGGAAUACGAAAAUUUCCAAGAAGAUGUAGUGGUAGUAGAAGCUGAGAAAUCGAAACCACAAAAUGUUAAAAAUGCCAUUGUCACGUCAACCACUAAAAAAAGGACGUUAGUCCCAUGGACCGAGGAUCAAAAAGUUUUUGCUAAAAGAUUUUUUGCAAAGAAUAUCAAAAAAAGAAAAGCUCCAAACAGGAGAGAAUGUGAAGAUUUAAUUGAAAAAUAUCCAGACACUUUCAGAAAUAAAAGUUGGUUAAAAAUUAAAGUUUUUAUCCAAAAUCAGUAUUCAAGAAAGCCAUGA